CAUCCAGCCACCUUCGGAAGAUCCUAAUGAGACUCAAGCAAAAAAGAAAAAAACAGAUUUUGCCAUCUCUGAGCUUAAAGAGAAAGCUUCUGCUGGGGUGAAGUUGCCAGCCAAGGCAACGAGAGAACACCAGAAGACUUCAGUCAGCCAUGCCACUCCAAUCACAGAGUCUGCAGGAAAGGCUCAGUUCACUUCUUUUGACUCUUCACCUGAAAGGCCAGGAUGGUCUGUGCUAGAGAUAGAAAAGCUACAUAUUGAUACAAUGCCUUGUGAAACCAAUACUUGCUUGCAUAAGGAAACACUACCCCUUUCUCAUAGGGCAAUUCCAUGUCCAAGCACAAGCAGGAAUGUCAAAUACCACAUCAAACCUGCUCCAGAGAGCAUCUUAACACUGAGGCCACCUAUUAAGGAGCGCGCAAAGCCAGAAUCCACGACUUCAGAAGUCAUCAAAAUGGGGAGGCUUUUCUGUACUGCUGAAGAGGAUGUUCAGCGAGAAGAAAAGGCAAAAUACAAACAGCUCUUGCAACUGGUGAAGAAGACACAUCCUAGAAGCUGCCCUAAUCCACAGCUGCCAACUUUCCGCAAUGUUCAAGCCUACUCCAAGGAACCAAUGAUGAAUGUGAGUCACCUGGAAGGACAAAAAAAUGGAGGAGAUGUCCAUCCGUAUAUGAGGCUAUGGACCAGUACCAAAUGUCCAGAUGUUUGCAGCCCACAGUGGUCUCAGAGAAGUGAUAUGAUCAGGUACUACACACCAGCAGAAAACUCUCAUGAACAGGGAAACUCAGUGAAACAAGCCAUUGCAGGGAAACAGCAUGGAGCUGAAGUCUCAGAAGAGUCAUUUCUCCGAUUGCACCUGGCACCUGUUCUAAACAGAAAAUCAUCUGUCCUUGGUGUGGAAGAAAAGAAAUUCCAAAGCCCAGCAAAAACAGUAGAACACUUUUCUCCACUCACAGAGGCCAUGGAGAGAGAGGUCAGUGCCGCAUUUGGCAGAGGUGAUCCAGGUGAGAUCAUGAGCAGUGCCUUCAAACUAAAGGUCACUCGUGAGGACAUCCACACACUAAUGGACCUUCAGUGGCUAAAUGAUGAGAUCAUUAAUUUCUACAUGUGUCUUCUGGUGGAAAGAAAUAAGAAAGAAGGAUAUCCAGCAGUCCAUGCUUUUAGUACUUUCUUUUACCCCAAACUAAUUUCUGGGGGCUAUAACGCAGUAAGAAGAUGGACCAGAGAUGUGGAUCUCUUCAAGAAGGACCUCAUCUUCGUGCCCAUUCACUUGAGACACCACUGGACACUAGUGGUCAUAGACAUCAGAAAGAAGACUAUCAAAUACUUUGACUCAAUAGGACACAAAAAGGACGAAAUCUGUGAAACUUUGUUCUAUUACCUGCAAGAAGAAAGCCAGCAGAAAAGAAAUCUACAGCUGACUUUUUCAGAGUGGACUCUUCACAGCAUGGAGGAACAUGAAAUUCCUCAGCAAGAGAAUGGAAGUGACUGCGGGGUUUUUCUGUGCAAAUACGCAGAUUAUAUCUCCAGAGACAAACCCAUAACCUUUACACAGGAUGACAUGCCUUACUUCCGCAAGAAGAUGGUGUGGGAAAUAAUCCAUCAGCAGCUGCUGUGAGACAUGCACUAUUAGAGUAACACUGUGAUCACCUUGGGGUGACUAACUCUUCUUUUAGUUACUUUUCCAAUACUUUAUUUGAAAAGGCAGCAGGCACACAAAUUUUCCUCUUUAGGCUAUGAAGUAGUGGAUAAGGUUUUUUUGGUUUUUUUCCCUGAUUUUGGAGACAGUAACUCUCUUUGAAAUUAGCUAAUGCACCUGAAGUGCAAGCCCAGAAAGACUGUGACUUCACCAAGGGAACGGUUAAGAACAAACGCUGUGAACCUCUGCCACUGGGAUGGGUGCUUAUACCUCACAGCACACAUGGCUGCACGAUGCACAAAUGGGACUCUCAUCUUUGGUGGUCUUAACAGUUGUGAACUUACCUUCUCAAGGACAAUGUGCUUAGCUACUGUUUCCUCAAGGAGAGUUUUCUUCUGUUUCUGGAACAUCUACGAUCUACUUGAUUCCUAAAACUGGAUUUGUGAUGACCAUAGCAAGAAAGCAUUUACCAUCUUUUUGAUUUGUAACAAAUCCAUAGUGAAGCCCCUAUAGUUGGGGUUGGUUUAUUGGUUUGGGUUUUUUUUUUUGUUUUGUUUUUUUCUGUCUCCCGAGAAUUAUCUAAUGUGAAGAGAGAAGUAUUUAUUUCUUUUUAUUAAAAUAAUUAUUUAACUUAUAUAAAGAGCCUUACUAGAAUGAAAUUCUACCUGGUAAUGAA